CUUUGCGACGCGCUCUAAUUUAGAACGGUGGGUCGAUAUAGUAGUCACGGUGGAACCUGACGUAGUACUCCUUAAGUAUAACGACAGCGUGCAUGACAGAAGACUUGUGCAGUCAUGAAGCGUUUAUUCUCCAAGCCAUCCAAGAAUUCGAGCCCUGCCAGGUCUUCUGCUCCUGAGCCGCCAAUGGCUACUAGUCGGACGGCAGCACCCCCCGCAACCACGACUGGUCUGCAACCAAAUUUUGUCGUUCCUCCAGUCCCACACCCUAAUCCUCACGAGCACAUUGCGCUGCUCGCAUCAGAGGAUGGUCUGCUCAUGCGUCCCCAUCGCGCGGGAUUGCCUUAUCCCGCGUCAUAUGUUCGUGUGUCAUGGGGCAAGACAGCAGACAUAGUAGAACUGCCCAGUGAUGGCGGAAGCCCUCUUGUUGAUUGGAAAGAGAGUGUGAUAGUUUAUGGAGUUGUGGGUUUAAUGACCUUGUUCAAUGCCUCAUACCUCUUGGUCUUAGCAUCUCGAUCUGAUGUCGGGCAAUUAUUCGAUGACUCACACUUGAUCUAUGGCGUGAAAAGCGUUGUAUCCAUACCCCUUGUAAAGGACCGCGCCAAAUCAGUCCUUGCACGCAUGGUAUCUCGUAACACAUCCGUAAACAGACCCUCCCUUCUUGUGAGCGAUGUAGACGAUAUCCAGGCUCCUGAUGAAGGAACCUCGGGUGGGCCUCACGUGAAAUUCGCAGACGAGGAGGGAGUGAAGAUCCUGACUCCACGCGAUCAACUGAAAUUUCCAGUCAACAGCACCGAUCAACUUGCCUCACCCGUAUCAUCUGGUGCUUCAACUCCUGCUUCCGAUGUGUCGAUGACCCAUUCUCCUGUAUCGACAAUUGCAAACCGCAUGUCGUUCUGGAGUCGCCUAUCGACACGCGCAUCAAACAUAUCCGAAGGAGCAGACAUAGAAGAGACUCUUCUCGAUGAACCGGAAUUCCUUGAUUCCAUAGUACAAGAUGCUGAGGGAGUACCUGGCAAGGUGAUCAGUUCCAUCAUAGCUGCAGCUGCGCCACCACCGAAUAGCUCGGAAGAGCGCAACUCUGAGCUUGAGGAACGCAUUAUACGUGGAUGUAUCAGAGAAUUCACGAAGGGCGACAUGUACUUUGCUCUGCAUUUCGACAUUACAAGAUCUUUGCAACACAAACAUGAACAAUUCACCAAGCUGCAUGCUCAAAAUAAGCUGCUUUCAGAACUGAAUGCUCUUCCGAACGACACAACUGUCAACCCACUGGACGACAAAGUGGACGCUCUCUUCGAGCCGUCUGUCAUAUUGCCGUUGUGGAGACGAGUUGACCGUCACUUUUGGUGGAACGAAUGGUUGUCCAAGCCGUUUAUGGACGCUGGUCUUCACUCUUACGUGACACCAAUAAUGCAGGGAUACAUUCAGAUCUCCUCAUUUGAUCUACCCAAAGAUUCCUCCGUCAUGCAAGACGAUUCAGCGGAGUCCAUUGAUUACAUCGUUAUCUCACGACGCUCCAGAGAUAGGGCCGGUUUGCGAUAUCAGCGCAGGGGUGUAGACGAUGAAGCUCAAGUAGCUAAUUUUGUGGAAACAGAAGUAAUCAUGAGAGUUCAGAGGAACGGAAUAAGCAACGUGUUUAGCUAUGUGCAAAUUCGAGGCUCGAUUCCGCUGUUUUGGACGCAGUCAGGCUACAGUAUGAAGCCACCUCCUAUCCUUGCACCCGAAAGAACUCCCGCGCAGAAUUUGGACGCCAUCAAACGCCAUUUCCGUCACUCUGUCCCUGUGUAUGGUCCACACACCAUCGUCAAUCUUGCUGAACAACAUGGGAAGGAGGGGAUGAUCACAAACGCAUACCGCGAAUAUGCAACUAAACUGGAUGCCAAGGAUGUUCGAUACAGUGAAUUUGAUUUCCACCGUGAAACGAGGGGGAUGAAGUAUGAAAAUAUUUCCAAGCUCAUCAAUCAACUCGAACGUGUAUUUCAAAGCCAAGGGUUUUUCUGGGUUUCGAACAACAUGCUUCUAUCAAAACAGAAGGGUGUAUUCAGGGUUAAUUGCAUCGACUGUCUGGACCGCACUAACGUUGUCCAAUCUGCCUUUGCAAGGCAUGUAAUGAGCAUGCAACUUGAGGCUGUGGGGCUUCUGAAUCCUCCCCAAAAUGGAAAAUCGGGAGUGGAUGUUAUCUUUAAUGAUGUCUGGGCCAAUAAUGGUGAUGCGAUCAGUCGAGCAUACGCUGGCACGUCUGCCUUGAAGGGCGAUUUUACCAGGACUGGGAAGCGAGACUUGGGGGGUAUGCUCAACGAUGGUGUAAACUCCCUCGCUAGAAUGUACAGCGCGACUUUCAGCGACUGGUUUUGUCAAGCUGUCAUCGACUUCAUGCUUGGCUACAGGACUCUCUCUGUUUUCGAAGAAUUCAUCAUCAAGCUAAAGUCGACUGACCCUAGAGAACUCAUUCGCCUGUCAAGGAUCAGGGCAGAAGCUAUAGCAACUUCUGUCGCUCGAGUAUUGUCUGAAGGCGAAACUUUGAUUUCCGGGUGGACGAUAUUUAGCCCGGAGCAAUUAAAUAUUAAAUUUGACGAUCGAUUCGAGGAGAAAGUGUUACUCUUGAGCGCCCGUGCUCUGUACAUUGUCAGCUACGACUACAGCUUGGAGAAGGCCAAGAUGUAUAUCUGUAUCCCGCUGGGUGCGAUCGCACGACUUGAAAAAGGUGCUUAUAUCAUCUCUCCUCUGGAAGAGGCAAGCAGGGAUCCAGUGCAGAACGCCGGCUUUUCGGUUUACUGGCAUGCCAGCGAUCAAAUCAGUAUGCGCAUGACGAGUUACUCCAUCAGAAACUGUCCGGAAGACGCCCCGGUAAAGUCACCACCAACGGUAUCGGCCAGUAGUUCCACUCAGCUCAAGCCCAUGCUACCACGUCGCGAGCCAACGAAGACUGCCAACCUAUCGGGGAUUAUGUCCAAAGUUUCGGAGAACGCGGCUGGUGCGACAAACAUCUGUUUUGCAGCUUUCAAAGUGCUCCCAGUGGACCCUGCUCGAGUUAGAAGUGGAUCCAGCACGGGAUAUGCAGAGCCUGCGGAUGACCUCGCAGGUGCAACUACUUGCAAGCAAGUCGCUGACUUGAUGAUAGACAGCAUCAAGCGAGCUUGCGAGGACGUGGGGAAUUCACCAGUUAUCAUGGAUCGCGAUGUAGUCAGUCUCACUGAAGCUCAGAAGAUGACUAGCAUUUAUGCCAAAAUGGAGUAUGGCGUCAAGCGGUUGAUUUGGCUAGGAGGUUUGGUGUAGUAAGGCUACUUGUUGCACCAAGGGAUAUUACCUGGAUAGCGUCAAUUACAGCGGAAAGGAUCAGAGGGCGCAACUUGUUACUCUUUGAAGCUUCGUGGCCUUCUUUGCCAUAAGACCGGGCAAGACAAUAAUGGUAGACAUGCUGAGACCGUGACGCUCUAGUCGCCCGUAGGUAGAUCACAAUAGAAUACAAUAGCAACACAAUGGCUGCAGACAGGCUGCAGCGCUGAGACUGAUGGGGACAAUACUAGUCACGGU